AUGUAUUAUUUAUCUUAUUCCAGUAAAUUCGAAUGGCGUGUCUUCCUUUACGACCCAACACGACCCCACAUCCCACCAGGUGAGAACGAAACGAGUUUCUUCCACGAGAUGAUUAACAUCACAGGUAUUCAAUACGACGCCCCGCGUCUCGUGGUCAAACCUCGCGCGUUGGACUAUGGUAUUUACAAGGCAAUUGAAAACGUCACUAUGAUUGGCCCGCAGGGUGUGUGGCAUACAGAUGAUGGAUAUUUCGAAAUCAUCAAGUCUCCGCUGUAUGCAAUUAUUAUUGGUGGAAGUACAAGGUCGAUAGGUUUUGAUAAGAAUUUCACCUUGGAUGCAAACGCAUCCAGAGAUCCAGAUGUGGAUGUCGGCAAUCGAGAGGGCAUUCAGGUGUACUGGUUGUGUAAACGCCAGUCCGAGAAGAACUUUACGUUCCCGGACGAUCCUGGAAAUCUCACUGUGAUCACAAUCAUCCCUCGCGCUGUCAUCCACGGAGUGAAUGCUACUGACUUGGGUAAGUGACCUGGAUUGUUGUAUUAAUUCUAAACUAUGAGAACUAUUUCUAUAUGUGUGUGUGUGUGUGUGUGUGUGUGUGUGUGUGUGUUGGUGUUAUGUACUCAGGUGAAUAUGAUGUAUCUGAGUACGUAAUAGAGGUGUGCAAAUCUGAUCCGAAACCGAUCCGAAUCCGAUCUGAUCGGAUUCGUUCGGAUUUCGGAACCAAAAUAUUCAUUUCGGAUCGGAUCGGAUUGAUAAAGUUGUUUCGUAGUUGGAUCGGAUCGGACUUCGAUAUUCGAAAUAAAAUGAAUUUAAUUAUCCACGCAUUAUCGCAAAAAUUAAUUAUCCAUUCCAAUUAAUUAUCCAACAACAAUAUCAAAGCAUUAUCGCGGUUGUCGCUGCAUUAUUCGUUUAAUACUUCAAUUGGACGUUACUUUGUCAGCUUCUUGACAUGUAUUUCUUGCUUUUAUAUUUAUUUGGUUAAAUAUUUCAACUUGAAUAAGAAAUUUAUUUUAUUAGAGAAUUCAUCGGAUCGGAUUGGAAUUCUUUUUCAAAACUCGGAUCGGAUUCGGAUUGGACAAUUUCGGAUCGGAUCGGAUUUUAAACAUUAGGCAAUUGUCGGAUUAUAAACGUCCAAUCCGAUCCGAUGCACACCUCUAGGCAUAACACCAACACACACAAAAAUGUCAUAUCAUAGAAUACAUUGAUAUCGAAGGAACUAGACUCAUUUCCGAAAUAUCACCAACUCGAACCGACUUAACCUCGUAGCUACAUCGAUGACCUCCAAAUUAUAUUUUUUUAAAUGAUUUCUCUUAGUAUAAUCAAUUAUUUUGACAAUUUUAAAAAAAUUCUAUGGAGCCGAAAUUUUUUAAAUUACGUAAAGUGAUUAUUCAUAAUACUUUUUUUUUUGGCUCCACAGAAUUUUUUUUAAAUUGUCAAAAUAAUUGAUUAUACUAAGAGAAAUCAUUUAGAUGUUGUUUUAUGUACUAUUUAAAAAACGAGCAGGAGUGUUUUAUUAGGUUUAAAGUCACGAGCGCGCAGCGCGAGUGGCUUUAGACCUAAUAAAACACGACCUGCGAGUUUUUUAAAUAGUACGUCAAAAACAUUUGCAUAUAAUAAGUCAAAUCUUUAUAUAAAAAUCUUUAUAUAAAAAUGUUUAUAUAGAAAUCUUUAUAUAGUUUGCAUAACAAUGGUCUUUUGUUAAAGUGUUCUUUAGCUGGUAUAAAGACGUAUGCACGUGACUAAUUUCUUACUCAAGAUUGGAUAAUUGCUUCAUGAAUUAUUAAUGAGUUUUUGAAAUAAGUAUAAAGGUACUUUUGUUUAUCAACAAGUAAUAAUUAUCCAAAAAUACGCAUCUAAAUCGUGAAUUUUCCAUAUUUUUAAAAACUGUAUUGAGCUUCGUUAAGCCGUUUACAGCGAAGUAGUUGAGUUAAUUUAACAUUUUCUGGUUUGUUUGACACGUGUAUUUUGAAAAUCAACCAAUAUGGCAUCGAUUUCAAACGUGCAAUUGAUGGAAUAUAUGAACAACGAGAGCGAGUGUUUCACCGGGAUAUCCAAACACGAGAAAACAAUGUAUGUAAACACGAGCGCGAAGCGCAAGUGUUUUCAUACAUUGUUUUUGAGUGUUUGGAUAUCCCGGUGAGACACGAGCUCGAGUCGUUUAUAUGGCUUCUCAAAUGAAUCGAGAUGUAACAGAAUGUUUUCGUUUGCUGAUUUGAAUAGAAUUCUUAACCAAGCAUAACGUAAUUAGGAAUUCUAUUCAAGUAAUUUUGCAUGCGUAAUCAAGAUAUUUGAUGAAAACACUAGUGACUUUCAUCAAGUUUCACCGGGUUAUCCAAAUGGCAUCUUGUGAUCAAAUAGGUGAUUAUCAUUGGCUGAAUUGACCAUUUGCGUAAUAGACUAAAUUUUGAACUAAACAAGUCUAGACAAAAAUUUCAUCACAGCUUGAAGGAGCAUCGCAAAAUUAGUAAUAUUCCAAAGUUUCGUUGCAAAAUGUUGUAAAAUGCGGAAAAUAUAGCCUUACGAAAUUUGCAGUUUUCAGUCAUUUUAGAUUACAAAUGGGAAAUUGACAGCCCCAAACCCUUCGAGGCUGUCAAUUUCCGGUUUGUAAUCUAAAAUGACUGAAAACUGCAAAUUUCGUAAGGCUAUAUUUUCCGCAUUUUACAAUAUUUUGCAACGAAACUUUGGAAUAUUACUAAUUUUGUGAUGCUCUUUAAAGCUGUAAUGAAAUUUUUGUUGAGAUCAAAAUUUAGUCUAUUACGCAAAUGGUCAAUUGCUCACGAAUUAUUAAUGAAUUUGAGAAGUAAUAUUUCAAACCCGACUAUAAGGACUGAACUACAUUUCAAGUCCACGUAAUUUGUCAGAGGCGAACCCGAGGACUGGAUCGAACUUGAAAUCUAGUCCAGUGCUGAGUGCGAAUGGACAACUUGCAUGUUAGACUAAAUUUUAAUCUAAGUAAAGAGAAGGAAAUAAAACACAACAGUUAAAAAGAACAUAAAGAAAUUAGUAAAAUUUUGCAAAAUUUGGUUACGAAAUGUUGUAAAAUACAGAAAAUAUAGCCUUGCGAAGUUUGCAUAUUUUCAGUAUAUUUGUAUUACGUGCGGAAAUUGUUACCAUUUUCGGCUCAAAAAAGUAACAAUUUCCGCACGUAAUAUAAAUAUACUGAAAAUAUGCAAACUUCGCAAGGCUAUAUUUUCCAAGCUUUACAACAUUUCGUAACCAAAUUUUGCUAUUUUACUAAUUUUAAUAAGUUCUUUACUUUUUUUUGCCUAAAUCAAAAAUUAGUCUAACAUGCAAGUUGUCUAUUGGAAGAUUUGAAAUGACAUCUCAUACAGAUAAAUCAUUUCUUAAAGUGAGGUGAAUUAGUUUUGAUCCAGUCCAAAGACUGAAUUAACUGCAGGUUGACCACCAUCUGUUGUACGAUAGUGCUUUAUAGUGAGCUCACAUAUAUUGGUGAUUACUUUAGGUGGUUGCCAUGGAAACGGUCCAGGCUUGCUUGACUUCACAGGCUACGAGCUGCCGUUGAAUUCUGGUUACAUGAAUAUAAACGAGACGUACGAUUUCAGAUUCUUUAUAAGGAAAGGAAACAGAACAGCGUAUUACGAUAGUAGCGUUUUGAUUGUAGCGGGCGACCCACCACAGAUGGCUAUAAGGUUUGUAUAUAUCAUGUAAAAAAUCUUUGAAAGUCGUUUAGUCAAUAUAACAAUAAUAACAAUAAGUUCUUUGAAUGUUUGCAUGGCGAUAAAAUAUAAUUGUUUUUGUUUGUGGAAACACCACGUAAAUUUAUUGCUGCAGUAAUAAAUUAUUAGUAAUUUAUUUAUUACUGCAGUAAUAAAUUUACGUGGUGUUUCCACAAACAAAAACAAUUAAUAUAACAAUAACUUUAACAAUAAGUCUUGGAGACUACAAACCCUGUGUAUAAGAGGCAACUUUUUUCAAUCUGUUCAAAACCGAAAAUCCUUUUGGCGUAUGCCUCUCAAAAUUACUUUGUUUUAGCUUUAUUUUCUAGUUGAUACCGUUAGCUACCUAAUGUUUAAAUGCAAUUGCCGGUCGAGAAACAAAAAAUAAUAGGAAACGUUUUUCAAUUAAAACACAAUUAUCAGUAAUGCUUAAAAGUGACGCCAUAUUUACAGCAAUAUAAGCAAAACUCAUGCUGAACUUCAGACAUCAUUUUCUCUUUGGUGUGCCAUCUAAAGUCUCUUGAUUUUAGCAUAAUUUUACAGAUAAAGCCCUAAGCAUACUUUUUAUGUUGUUUUUUUGCCGAUUGAGAAACGUAUCGAUUUGAAUGUGGUCAUAACCUCAAGUGGUAUAUUAUACUCAUUAGUUUUGAGCGUGUGUCACGUAACAUACAAAAAUAUCUCCUCUUAAAGAACUAAAAUUUACAGCAACAAAAUGUUUAAAGGUGGAAACCUAACUUCGCCCCCCCCCCCUUUCCCCCGCAGUAUUUCGCAAAGUGUCGCCCACUGUCUUUUAUGGAAAUAAUAGAGUUUGGUUAUACGGUGAGGGACGGGUUUCUCCGGAUCACCAGGUUUUCCUCACUAAAAAAGCCUUAGGCAUUAAUCGUAGUGAACUAACCCUAUAUGUUUUACGUUCGCAGAUGUGACAGGAACUGUCUUGAAAAAUUCAAUCCCUCGGAAAAAAUCACACUCACAGCGCUGUGCACAAGUUGCACUUCAUCUAGUGCGACAAAUCUAAUGUACAAAUGGACGUUGAGUGUACAAGAGGGUGAGACAUGGACCAGUGUGGAUCUUGCAAGCAUAGCUAAGACACCGGUUGACCGAAACACCGUGGUUAUAGGAGGGGGAAAACUCGAAGGAGGCAAGAUGUAUCGUAUUCGCAUUACAAGCUGGUUUAAAGGUGGUACCUCUACAGGGUUUGCCGAAUUGGCUAAGGUUAUCAAUGUACCGCCGUCUGGUGGGGUGUGUGUAGCUACCCCCUCCGAGGGAUACGCUCUUAAAGAGAUAUUUGCUGUCAGUUGCGAGGGAUGGGAGGACACUGAUACGCCUUUAAGGUUUGCAUUACUUUGUUGUUUAGAAUUAUGCACGUAAAAACGCACAAGUUAUUACAAGUCUGCAAACAAGUUGUUACAAAUCUGUUCACAAGCUGUCAACAAGUUGUGUUCGCACUGCUUGUUCCCAGUUGUUGUAACAAGUUUGGAACAAGCUGUUAACAACUUGUAACAAGCUUGAUGGCAUUAUCAGACUUGUUACAAAAUUGUUCUAACAAGUCUGAUACAGUCAUGAUAUAACAAGAAUGUUACAAGGUUGACGACGCAAAGUUGUAACAAUAUUGUUAUAUCAUGGCUGUAUCGGACUUGUUGGAACAACCUUGCAACAAGUCUGAUAAUAUCAACAAGGUUGUUACAAGUUAUUGACAGCUUGUUUUAAACUUGUUGACAACUUGGGACAAGCAGUGCGAACACAACAUGUUUGACGACUUGUUACAAGAUGUGAGAUUUCUGUGUGUGUAGCGUUAGCGCAGUGUAAACACGGCGUUACUAUCUAACCAUCAGAGACAGUUAUAACAGAACAGAACUGGACUGAGCUGAGCUUCUCGUAUCUUAUUAUAGUUACACCAUCAAGUACAAGAAUGGUUUAGAUGGCUUAGAGUCUGGUAUCUAUGAAGGAAUGGACGCUGUACGACGCAAUAUGUCGAUGCCUUUGGGCAAGGAGAUGUAUAACCAUACCAUAUUUAUUUAUGUCAGUAUCAGUGAUAGCUUGGGAGCUUUUACCACGGUCGAAACAAGAAUUAAGGUAAACAUUUUCGUUUUACAUUGGAGUUGGAAGCAAUGCCGCCUUGCACAACACCACCCUAUUUAGCUGCUCGGAUUUAUCUUGUCUUCCAUACUUGUUUACAAUUGUCAUGUAUACCGGAUUAAAAGGGGGAUGUUUGUAGGGAGAAUUGUUUAGAACUGAUAGAGCUAUCCAGUAUAAAUAAAGUUAGUUUAGUUUAGGUUUCCUCCUGUAGUAACACUGGAUCAAUAAGAGAUGAUCCUUACUGGAUCUCUAGAGAGAGCAGUUUAGAACUGAUAGAGCUAUCCAGUAUAAGUAAAGUUAGUUUAGUUUAGGUUUCCUCCUGUAGUAACACUGGAUCAAUAAGAGAUGAUCCUUACUGGAUCUCUAGAGAGAGCAGUUUAGAACUGAUGGAGCUAUCGAGUAUAAAUAAAGUUAGUUCAGUUUAGGUUUCCUCCUGUAGUAACACUGGAUCAAUAAGAGAUGAUCCCUACUGGACUUCUAGGGAGAACAGUUUAGAACUGAUAGAGCUACCCAGUAUAAAUAGAGUUUCCAUUUAUGCAUUAAUCAUCGGUGAAUAUUUCGUAAUGUCAUUUGUAUGUUUAUGUUUUACAGGUCACGGAGGAACAGUUAAGCGACGAUGAAUUCAGUGAUAUGUUAGGUAGCAUGACUGCAGAUAAUGGCGCCUUAGGAAACCUUAUCGCAGAAGGCAAUGCACAAGCGAUGUGUCAGUUUGUCGGAGCAAUUACGUCAUUGUUAAAUAACAAAGCUGAACCAGAACCGGAAGUGAUCACGACCACAGCGGCCCCCAAUCCAGGUCCUCCACGAAAUCCAAAAGACAUCGCCGCCGAAGCGGCUCGAAGGUUAGGAUUGGGUUAGACAUAGGGUUCGGUUUGACAUUGGGUUGAGUGUAUUCUAAAAGCUCACUCACGCUCAAAGAGUGGAGGUUCAAUCUGAGCUUCCCUUGAGUGUCAGUACUGUUUUUGAAUAGCUGGAGGGUUAGUGUCGUAUCUUACUAUGUGACUACUCACUCGCCAGCUAUUCAAAAACAGUAUUCACACUCAAGAGAAGCUCCGAUUGAACCUCCACUCUUUGAGUGUGAGUGAGCUUUUAGAAUACAGACGAUAGAGACGUUUCAGACGUUUUUUUCUCAUUGACCGUGUAAAUCUGUGUGUAUUCAGGGCACAGGAAGAGGCAGAGAGGAAAAGGCGAGAGGAAGAGGCAAGGAAACAGCGAAUUGCGGUAAGUAACUACAUGGUAACAAGACGUGUUUGGUGUCACCCGAGUGGAAUUAUGUUUUCUGUGUUCAGUGAAUUUCAUUGUGCAUUUAAUGGCUGUCGCCGCCUGUUAGGUAAAGGUCCCUAGGUUUAUAAUUGUAUUUCGUAUUUGUAUUUUCUAGGCUCGCGAGAAAAUGGUGUUGGCAAUGACGAACGUUCAAGUUGAUUCUGUGACGACUGUACAGCAGACAUCGGCAGCAUUGCAAAGUCUUCUUUCAACUCCUGAGGAAGUUUCACCAGAUGCACAGGUGCGAUGACGUGCCCUUAUCAACGAACAACUCAUUGUUUUCUGUUAAAUUAUUUCACUUUUUAAGUAAUGCUACUGACAAACGAACGAACAAACAAACAAACAAACAAACAAACAAACAAACAAACAAACAAACAAACAAACAAACAAACAAACAAACAAACACAAACAAUCAAUAAUGAUAACAAACCAAGAUCUCCAAAGCGAAAGUCUUCAAAGUUUUUUACAUUAGGUAAAGAAUUUUUUAUUAAAUGAUUGCUUUUAAAUGUUUCAGGCGGGAGCCAGUAAAGCUAUGGAAAAUAUGGCUGAUUUCAUGCUGUCAAAUUCUAAAUUUACCAGUGGUUCUGCGUUGACUUCUGCGGCGACUGGGUUGGUGUCAGGUCUGGGGUAUAUGGUAUCAGCUUCCUCUUCCACUGUGUCUAAAAAAGAUAAUAAUGAUACUGCUGCGAAUGCUUCAGCAACCGUUUUACAGGUAGGUGUUUCAUGGUGCUGGCGAUGAUGACGAUGGUGGUUGGAAGGGGGUUGUGAUGGUGGUGAUGUUGGUGGUGAUGAAGAUGAUGGUUAUGAUGGUGGUCGGAGGAGAAUUGUGAUGUUGGUAAUGGUGAAGAUGGUGAUGGUGGUGUUGGUGAUGAUGAUGAUGGUUAUGAUGGUAGUCGGAGGGGAGUUGUGGUGUUGGUAGUGGUGAAGAUGAUGAUGAUGGUGGUGGUGGUGUUGAUGAUGAUGAUGGUUAUGAUGGUGGUUGGAGGGAGUUGUGAUGUUGGUAAUGGUGAUGAAGGUGAAGGUAGUCGGAAGGGGGUUAUGAUGUUGGUGGUGAUGUCGGUGGUAUGAUGGUGGUGCCGGUUGAUGAUGGUGGUAGUGAUGAAGAUGAUGAUGGUGGUUGGAAGGGAGUUGUGAUGAUGGUGAUGUUGGUGGUGACAAAGAUGAUGGUGAUAGUGGUGGUUAUGAUGGUGGUCGGAAGGGAGUUGUGAUGGUGGUAAUGAUGAUGACGACGAUGGUGCUAAUACUGAUUGUGGUUGUUAUGAUUGUGAUUGUGAUGGAAAUCACAAUGGUCCAGUGGAUGUUAUUAUUUGUCGUCAUGGCAAUAACCCAUUCAUACUUUCCGUCUUUUCCAGGCUAAAGCCGUGAUAGCGUCUCUGAAUGGGGCGACUGACAAAGUCUUCCAAGCUGUAGCCAGCCAGAGUGCGCUAGGAGAGGAUGCAGUCAUGAUUCAGACACCUGCCAUGGCGCUGACAUCUAGUAAGAAACUGCCGUCGGAACUCGGGGGUAGCGAAAUGAGUAUCGGAGAGGGGAAGUUUGGUAUGCCGAUGGCCUCGAGCUCUGACAAUAAUACUGAUCCUGUUGAUAUGAAGGUACUUUGCUAACUUUAUUUAUACCGAAUAGCUCUAUAACAUCUAAACUAUUCUCGCUAGAGUUCCAGUAAAGGUCAUGUCCCUUGUUGGGUAAGUGUUACUGCUAACAGGAGCCUAUAAAGCUUAACCUGAGCAAACCUUCGUUUUGCUACCCGAAAAGGCUAUGCCUUUGUCAAGGACUGUGCUCAAGCUAAAUUAACUGUAUUGAUGCUGAAUAGCUCUAUCAGUUCUAAACUAUUCUCCCUGGAAGCCUAGAGGCGUUGGUUCAGCACGGGACGAAACCUAAGCUAAACUAACUUUAUGUAUACUAGAUAGUUCUAUCUGUUUUAAACUGUUUUUUCCUUGAGGUCCAGUAAGAGUCAUCUCUUAUUGAUCCAUUGUUACUACAGGAAGAAACCUGAACUAACUUUAUUUAUUCUGGAUAGCACUAUCACUUAUAAACUGAUCUCCCCUAUAGGUCCAGUAAGGAUCAUCUCUUAUUGAUCCAGUGUUGCUACGGGAUGUGAAACCUAUGCUAACCUAAAAACCAUGACCAGCGACAAUUUCAAAAAGUAAAGUAAAAAACAAAUUCCGAAAAGACAAGACAUUUUGAGAAUACAAUAUAUGAUGUAAAUUUUCGACUUUGAAAUAAAGUCUCAACCUCCGUCUUGUUUUGAAUCAUAUGUAAUAUAUUGUAUUCUCAAGAUGUCUUGUCUUUUCGGAAUUUGUUUUUUACUUAAGCUAAACUAACUUAAUUUAUACUAGAUACCUCUAUCAGUUCUAAACUGUUCUCCCUAGAGGUACAGUAUAAGGCUCAUCUCUUAUUGAUCCAGUGUUACUACAGGAGGAAACCUAAACUAAACUAACUUUAUUUAUACCGGAUACCUCUAUCAGUUCUAAACUGUUCUCCCUAGAGUGUUAGUAAGUCUAGCACGUAUUGGCUCUGUAAUACUGCCUGGAGAAAACCUGUGGUGUUUGGUAGAGUCAAACUGGAAGUACCCUUCUCACAUGUGACUGAGGUGAAAUUAUAACCAGACAACUGUAUUUUGCAGGAAUUGAGUCUUGAGUGAUUAAGGUGAAAGCUAGAUGCUGUGUCACCACCCUUUCGCUAAAUUAUUUUACUUUAUUCUCCUAGGGAGUUGGAACGAAAGACAACGCUUACUCGUGGGAUCCAAGUGCAAGUGCAGUACAGACACAAGUCAUGUCCCUGGAGUUACGCAAUUCUACAGGACACAUUAUUCCUGGCAAUAACCUCGGCGAACCUAUCUCCCUAUUUGUUUCGACAGGCCAGACGCCAUCUGAUCCUUCUAUCAUAACCCUGUCACACAGAAGCACGGUUUAUCAUACACUUAAUGUGGACAAAAACGAUACAAGCCUUCAUUUUGAAAUACUCCGCAAGACCCUAAUACCGAAAUUAUCGUGUAUCUGAAACAUGGAGUCAGGCCAACAAAAGAAGACUAUGAUUUCACUCUAGUACUCCCUGAUGAUCCUCCAGUCAAUGCUACCUUCCCUAAAGAUCGACAUAUGUUCUAUAUUUCUAACGCAGAUACUAACCACACUACAGCAGGAACAUGGUACCUUGCUGUCUUUUAUAAUGGUACCAUCAACCCACAAUAUCUACUGGACAGUAAAGGUAUUCCAGAAUUGUUUAUUCCCAAGAAAGUGAAUUAUACGCUGCGUAUGUAUUCGUCUGGAUGCUUAUUCUGGGAUGAGGAAAACGAUAGGUGGAGUGGUGACGGAUGUGUGGUAAGUAUCGAGUUGAAAGUUUUCAAUGUUCUCGUGUUCAAAGUUUCUCACUUCGUGUUGAAAGUUCACACUUCGUGCUCAAAGUAUCUCACUUCGUGUUCAAGUUUCUCACUUCGUGUUCAAAGUUUCUCACUUCAUGUUUAAAGUUUUGUAUUUCUCUUUCUAGGUGGGCCCUCAAUCUAGAAUGGACAUGGUACAAUAUCUGUGUACUCAUUUGACAUCAUUCGCGAGCGAUUUCUUUGUCAUGCCUAAUGUGAUUGACUGGAGUAAGAUCAGUUUGGAUAACUUGUUUUCAAAUCCCACCGUGUUCGCUGUCGUCAUGGCUAUUUUUGGACUUUACGUCAUUGGCAUGAUAUGGGCAAGAAAGAAGGACAAACAAGAUCUAUUAUUGGUACGACUAGAUUUCAUGUUCUGCGAAAUUAAACGUUAUUUAUUUACACUGUAUUGCUCGAUUAGUUCUAAACUGUUAAAGUAAAGGUCUAGUAUGAGCCAUCGAUCCAGUGUUACUAACUUACACAUGUAAAAACGCACAAGUUGUAACAAACCUGCAGCAGAGCAAUGCUUGUUCCCAGCUAGUUGACAAGUUGUCAUGCUCAACAGACUUAUUGCAAGUUGUUCCAACAACUUGUUAUCGUCCUGCAAUUCAACAACUUGAUAACAAGUUGUGAGUGACAACCUUGUAGCAACUUGAUAAAAUAACAGCAUUGCUACAACUUGUUCACAAGCUUGCUACAAAGCUGUUGCGAACACAUCUUUUUGACAAGUUGUGAGAUUUUUACGUGUGUACACAAGAGGGCACUAACAUUAUUUAUAACAGUUAUCUCUAUCAGUUAUAAUUUUUUCCAGUGAGGACCAUGAUCUAUCCUAAACUUGUCUAACUUUAUUCACGCUGCAUAGUUCUAUCAGUUUAUUAAUUGCUUUCAAUUUUCUACCUUAUCAAGCUUGGAGCUACGCCAUUAGAGGACAAUGACCCCCGGGAUAUGUACCUCUACGAGGUUGUGUUCUACACGGGUCAUUCUGCCAGUGCUGGUACUACGGGGAAUGUCUAUAUGAUCUUGGAAGGUACCAUAGACGAAACAGCGCCCAAGGCAAUGAAGGAUCCAGUUCGAGUGAAAUUUACCAAAAGUGCUAUUGAUACAUUCCUACUGGCUUUGGGUCGACUGAAAAGUCUGAGGGUGUGGCACGAUAAUUCAGGCCAGUCACCAGAUAAUGAUAAAAACAAUCUGAAAGCAUUUUUCUACAUUAAUUACAGUACAGUCGAACCUGUCCUGAUGGAAAUACAGUAUCUCUAA